GAUGGCGGACUCGGUAGCGGCGGGGCUGGGAGAGGAGAAGGAGGCCGAGAGCGGGGAGAACGGGGAGAAGGAGCGGGAGAAACGGGCCGCCUGCGGAGCCGCCAGGCCGGACACGGGCAGCGGCGCCUCGGAGCAGACCGAGACCCUCGGCUUCUACGAGAGAAAGGCAAAGAAGGCGGACGGCCGGCGCAGUGUGUCCGAUCUGUCUCUGGUGAGGUUCGUCAGUGCUGAGCUGACCAGAGGAUAUUUUCUGGAACAUAAUGAGGCCAAAUACACUGAGAGGAGAGAGAGGGUCUAUACCUGCCUCCGCAUUCCCAGAGAACUGGAGAAGCUGAUGGUGUUUGGGUUCUUCCUGUGUCUGGAUGCGUUCCUGUAUGUCUUCACCCUGUUACCCCUCAGAGUGUUGCUGGCGCUCAUCAGACUGCUCACACUGCCCUGCUGUGGGCUCAGGGCUAAUAUAUGCCCACACUGCCACUACAGAAGCGGUUCUCGUCUCCUGCAGCCAGCUCAGGUGUGUGAUGUUCUAAAGGGGUUUAUCAUGGUGCUGUGUUACUUCAUGAUGCACUACGUGGACUACUCCAUGAUGUACCACCUGAUCCGGGGACAGUCUGUGAUCAAGCUCUACAUCAUCUACAACAUGCUGGAGGUGGCAGAUCGGUUGUUCUCGUCGUUUGGGCAGGACAUUCUAGACGCUCUGUACUGGACCGCCACCGAGCCCAAAGAGAGGAAAAGAGCCCACAUAGGAGUGAUACCUCACUUCUUCAUGGCUGUCCUUUACGUCUUUCUUCAUGCCAUUCUGAUCAUGGUUCAAGCCACCACCUUAAACGUGGCAUUCAACUCUCACAACAAAUCCCUGCUUACCAUCAUGAUGUCCAACAACUUUGUUGAGAUUAAGGGAAGUGUGUUCAAAAAGUUUGAGAAGAAUAACCUCUUUCAGAUGUCCAACAGUGAUAUUAAAGAAAGAUUCACAAACUAUGUGCUGUUAUUAAUCGUCUGCCUCAGAAAUAUGGAGCAGUUUUCCUGGAACCCAGAUCAUCUGUGGGUGCUGUUUCCGGAUGUGUGUAUGGUGAUUGCGUCGGAGAUUGCUGUGGAUGUGGUGAAACACGCUUUCAUUACUAAAUUUAACGACAUCCCAGCAGAUGUGUACGGGGAAUACAGAGCGAGCCUGGCAUUUGAUCUGGUCAGCAGCAGACAGAAAAACGCGUAUACAGACUACAGUGACAGUGUGUCCAGAAGAAUGGGAUUCAUCCCCCUCCCCCUCGCUUUACUGCUGAUCCGGGUGGUGACGAGCUCGGUGAAGGUGCAGGGGGCGCUUGGCUUUGCGUGUGUGGUACUCUUUUAUUUGGGUAUGAUCACACUAAAGGUGCUGAACAGCAUCGUGCUGUUGGGGAAGUCGUGUGUUUAUGUGAAGGAAGCAAACAUGGAGGAGAAGCUGUUCCAGUCUCCCCCCUCCGCUGCCCCUAGCAGAGCAUCCAGCAGAGCUCACCGGACCAAAUACACGCGGGAACCAGCGGGUGAGUCUGCAGACGAGGGUGUAUCUGCAUCAAUCAUCACCCAGCCCUCCCACCAGCCGGAGUACACUGCCUCUAAUCUCCCGACCAGCGAAUCGGAUCAGUUCCUCACUACGCCGGACGAGUCUGAGGAGAAGAUCCUCACUCAGGACGGAACAGAACUCGUACACAGAGCUCCUAAAAAAGACCUGCUGGAGAUCGACCGGUUUACCAUCUGCGGGAACAGAAUCGACUAAAUCACCAACGCUAAGAGACAUGCUUUACAUGCUGGUGUUCAGAGAGUGACGAGAGCUGGGGCGACAGGGAUGGACUGUUAUAUCCCCCAGUCUAACCAGCUCGAUUUUAUUUACCCUUGACCCUGGAGCUACUGGAUCCGGGUAGAAAGGAAUCGUGGGAUAUUUAUUAAGAAGUGCAUAUAAUUUAUUGAAGCUGCAGACUAAAACACAAACACACACACUUACUACACACACAUUAGACAACCUUACUUUUCUUUCUAUACUCCCUCAUUCUAAACUCAUGGAUCCAUAUUUGCUCGGAUAAAAAUUGAAGUAAGCCUUGGACUUAGAACUGAGAUGGUUGCCUGGUUGCUUUGCCGUCCUGAUGGGGAAGAAGAAAGAAAUGAAGAAAGAAAGAGAAAGAGCGAGUGAGUGAGCGAGUGAGCGUGCGCGGGAGGGAGAGAGGGAGAGGGAGAGAUAGAGGGAGAGAGAGACUUAGAAAAAAAGUAUAUAGACUCACUUCAGAUAGAGAAUAAGGUCUACGUUCCCACAGCAGGUAAAAGCAACCCAAAUCUGAUCUUUUUGAUCAUACGUGGUACAGGUGUGUUCUCUGUGUGGCAGUGUGAACACUGAAUCUGAUUUGGUUUUGAAAUCCAAUACAUAUCCAAUAAACAACAAUGUGUCUCAGACUGUACAACCAGAUCAGAAUUCAUGCAAUAUUUUUUUUUUCUUCAUCAAGGAAAAGGAACAUAAUGCAUUAAUGAGAGGGAAAAUGGACGACAGCAGUGAGUGAGGGGAUCAGUGGUGGGAUAGUGUUUGGGUCACAGCUGCUCUGUGUUUCUAAUGAAAUGGCCGAACGCAGCCAUAGGACAGCACUGCUGCAGUUUCAAAGGCCAUUAAAAGCCUAAAUACAAAGUUAAACAAAAACACAAACUAACGAAGUGGACGUGUCCGAAUGACGUGUCCUUUUUACAGCAAGGUUGAACAUAUUCUCUGUGAUGAGCCCAGCUGCAGACACUGAAACUGCUUGAUAGCUCCUGUGAUGCUGGGGAAGAUGAAACCAAAUCUUUACAUGAAGCUUUGCUACUUGGUGCAUAAGCAUCAGUUUAGCAGAGUGAAUUGUUCUGACCAACAUCAGAUGUACAGUAGAUCACAAUAAAAAAAGAGAGUCCAAACAGCCUAAAAUGAUCAACAGACUUCAACAGAGAAACUCGUUUACCUGCUGUGUGAACGUAGCAUUUUGUAUCGUGUCUUGUGACAAACACGGAUGCUAACCUGAAGAAUCUGCAGGUGUGAACUGAGUAUAAAGCGAGGUCUGUGAGGAGUGGUUUAAAAUGUGACUUUUCUUCAUGCAUGCAUUUUCCAUACAGGUGAAUUUUUACAUUAUUUCAGUUGUUCAGAUUGUGUGAAAUGCUCCAUUCUCUCAGAAUUCUAUACAGUAGUAGUGGUGGUGGUGAUGGAGGUGAUGGAUUUUUACCAGACGUGCCAGAGUUUAUUACUUAAUAGAUCAGGUCCAUGAUAAUGUGAAACUAUUGGUAAUGAAAUGGUAAAGAAUACACUGCCUGAUGCCUCAGACUGUUUUACUAUCAUUUUUUUUGGGAAGGUUCUGUCCUAAAACCACGGUAGUUCCCUUAGAAAACCUAUUUUUAUAUUAGCUACAAUUUUUACUGUAUCAUCACACUUAAAAAAAUAUAUCACAUAAAAUGAUAGUAUAGUAUUUAUUAGGCCAUAUUUGUGCUGUAAAUGUUACAACCCCCACUUCUCAUCACAUAACAUUUUUGUUACUGUGAGCAACUUUACAUCACACCACUCUGGAGACAUCCCAGUGAUGUCAUUAUUGGAUUCCCUCUACAGGCUCACUACACAUAUUUUCACAUUGAUGAUGGCACUGAGACCCUCGUAAUUCCUCAAAAGCUACACGGGACAUAUCAGUGAAGUGUGUAGAGCAGUUUAGCUCUGUAAGUUUGAAAAGCACUGGUGUGUAAAUUAUAGCCAGGGUAUCAAACAAUGACUUGUGUUUUUGUGUUUUUUUUUUUAUUAUUAUUGUGAAGCUAAAACGUGGUAAUUCUGAUUUUAUCAGGUAGUUUUUAUGCUCUGAUACAGACUUCAUUUAUGAUCAACCUUGAUAAAUCCAUUCAUUAUAAUUGAAUGCCUGUGAAUUGCAGACUAGCUCUUUAAUAAGAUUUUUAUAGUAUUAGUAUUUUGUACGAACAUGAUACAUGAUAGAGAUGCAGUGCAGAACACUAUAGGCAAAGUCCAAUAAAUCAUAAUCAUUCCUUUUGGUAAUUUUACUUAAGGAAUAUCAUAUAUAUAUAUGUGUGUAUGCUCCUGGAUAAAUAAGUCACUCAGUACUGGAUACAGUUGGUGCAUGUUCAGUUAUGAGCAAAUGUCUUAAAGUUGUGUAUUUCACUGUUUAAAUGCUUGAUCAUAUUCUGUACGUUAUUUGUUGUUAGUUCCUGUAGACCAAGGGUCGGCAAUUAGUUUUGGCCGCGGGACAGAUAUUUUUCAAGCUGUUAUGUGGUUUUUGGGAAAAAAGGCGUUAUAAGGAGAUAGGGAGCCCAAGAAUGGGCGGAAAAACGAGAACGGGCGGAAACUAAAGUCAUGCCGAGCGCGACAGCGAGACUGAGGAGGUGUGUAAACUAAAGUUUACCAAAGAAGAGUUUUAUUUUUUAUUUAUUUUAUUUUCAUUCGAUAUAGUUCAAACAACCUCACGGGCCAGACGUUUCACGCUUGGCCGCCUAUUGCCGACCCCUCCUGUAGACAAUCCAGUUUUAGCUCUUUUUUAAAAACGAAAUAUGCACUGAUCAGCCAUAACAUUAAAACCACCUCACUAAUAUGUAGGAAUGCACCGGUUUGGGAAUUCUGGGCUGAUGCAGAUACAAAAAAAACAAUAAAAAUACGAAUUUUGGUAUCACUGCAACCCUAAAAAUAUUUCCUAAUCCAUCAGUCAGCUUUCUUAGUCAUGUGACCGAUGCACUAUGCCAAACCAAUCACAAGCUCGACCAAUUACAGAUUAGGCCUGUUUAUUUCAGAAAAUUCUAGCUGUAUUAUUAUGUUUCUUAUUAUUUAUCCAGGAGUUCUGCUCUUCCGUUUGUUUGACUGCCUGUAAAGUUGAUUUUGCUCUGUUUAAAUGGCGUCACUCCAAAAACAUCCUGAUUCGACAUUUAAUAUAGUAUUAUUUUAGACCACCUUAAUAAUAAAAAAAUAUAUGUGAACAUAUGGACUGAAAAAUGCACUUUAGUUUACUAAAUCAAACUAUAUUUCAGUUUAUGUGGUUACAUGAACAAAAAAUAUCUAUCAUACAUUAUAACAUGGGUAUGGGUAGCUCCUCAGUCUUUAAGAUUCUUAUUUAUUGAUCUAGUUUACUGAGUGGUUCUGACCUGUGGGUGAAUUAAAAUUAUUAUUUUUUUUUUUAAUCUUUAAAGAUGAAAUAAAUCUUUCUGAUUUUUGGUGCUUAUAAUAACAGCUUAUAGGACAGAAUAUCUAGAGAAGUACUAUGGAAAUACAAAGCUUUCAUGUUUAAAACAAACAUUAGGAUUUUCUUGAAAAAUGUUGGCAUUGCUCUUGUUUCCUUUUUUCUUUUCUCAUUUUAAUUUUUCAAACUUCAGUGUGUUUUUUGAAGGAGUAAGACUUCAUAAUACAUGCAUAAGUAUAAAAUAGAUAUUUAAUAAAAAUAAAAUAAAAAUAACUGACAUGCCAAAAGUCAUGGGACAGCAGUGUGUAUUUUAAUAAUGAAGUUUUGCCUUGGGAAUGCCCACACCUGUAUUCUAAGUUGUGAGUGAUGUUGGACACUGGCCAGCAUGCUCAUGGCAAGGCCAGGUGAAUUAUGGGAGUGCGGCCUAAUAGUCAGUGCCAGAAGGAAGGGACGUUUAAUUUUUGAAGUUGUGUGGGCGUUUAAUAUUCCUAUCAGUCAUAGAAGUUAUAUAAGUCAUAGAAGGCAUUACCACCCACAGUGGACAGUGUACUGAGUUGCUUUUGUCUAGAACUGCCUGUGUGCACAAAUGAUCAAGCAAAUUUAGCAAUGCAAGGGACACAAUAAUAGCUCCUGUCUCAUGCCAUUUGGUAUGUCAGUGUAUAUAUUUAGUAUAAGAAACAAGUCAAAUAUGAAGUUUGCCAUCGUAUCUUUUAGGUUUUGUUUUAUUUGGACAUUUUUUCUUGCUGAAUUUUCAUCUAUAAUUAUGGAAGCUGCCCCAAUGUUUUUUUUCCUCUGAUAUCACUAAGCUUAGCAUGUAAUAAGGUCCAGCAGUCAGUCCCCAAACCCCAGUGUGUACUGGGAUAAUCUAUACCAGCACAUAACCUUUAUAUCUCAAUUCUAUCUGCAUAGUGUGUGCAAAUGUUGGGUCUUUUUGUAAGAUAUUAAGCUAAAUGCUUUCUAACCUAUCAGACUUCAAGACUAUGAUCAGACUGCAGAGCAAUUGUUAUUAUGAUUAGAUAGAACUUGUGCGUCCAGAUAUCACAAAUGUAUCUGUUCAGUUUCCUGUGUUAUAAAGAUUGAUGCCUUUAAUUCAUUACUCUGGAUUUGAUGAGGUUGUUGGUUGUCGUAUUGUAAAUGUUGCAAAAGACGCACUGAAAUCUGAUUAUCAGGCAUCUCUGCAAAUCUGAUUAUAAUCGCAUUUCAGACCACCUCAGACAAAUGUGGUUUGGAUCCGACUUGCAAAAAUCUGAUUUAAUGUGGUUUUAGUCUGUACAGACAAUUAAAAAGCAAUCUGGACACAAUCUAGAUAUAAAAAUCUGAUUUGGACUAGCAGUCUGAACAUAGCCUCUUCUCACCUCUCUUAUUCUCUCUCUCUUUUUUUCUGAUUCAUACAGAUACAGUAUGUUUCCUCUUAUUUUAUUGAUUAAUAUCGAUAUCUGCAGUUACUGAGUUAUUGAUUAGCUUUUUCUGUAAGAGCAGAAGCAGAUGGAUCAUUUCACAUCCUUUGUAAGUGAUGUAUUUUCAGGGGGGUGGGACGGGAAGGAAUGGGGGCGGGCACAUGAAAGGUAUUGCAUUUGUGAAUAAAAGUUUUGUUGUUUUGUA